AUGGCUUCUUCACUGUCCUUAUCAGCAGGCCGGGACUGCCUCUCCAGUCUUCCCAUCGAACUUCUCACAUCAAUUCAAUCUUACUUGCCUAACCGCGACAUCAAAUUCCUGCGCUUAACAUGCACAUUCUUAUCCAAGGCAGUACAACUCCGUUUUACAUGCGUUUUCCUGAAAGUUACUGAAAUAAUCUGGGAUGAUGCGCGCUUCAUCAAGACCCCAGACUUGGAGGGAAUCCACCCUUCUGAGCUCGAUCCAGUAUUAGGCAUGGACUCCAAUGAAGGAUGUCCCUACUGGUUUGUCAAGGAAUGCAAGAAGAACAUCACGAAUUUGAAAUAUCGAAAGGGCCAGGACGUGGAACGGCCAGAUCACAUUGCACGGGCGGAUCAGGUUGCCGCACAGCCGUCAUUGAGGGUAUGUUGGCAGUAUUAUCAGAAUCUGCUACAGCAACAGGAAGAUGUGCUCGUCUUUAAGAGUGAUGUCGAUGCUUUCAUAUACGGACUGAAGCGGUUUCCCGCACUGAAAAGAGUUACAAUCACACCUGCAGCUCAUGGAUGGUUGUUCGCCCCGUUGUAUGCGACACCGAUGAUCCGAGCAUUUCCAUACGGAUUCAACUACCCGAUUCCACGGGGAUGGCCAACAUCAGAAGACGCACAGACACCACCGUAUGCUUAUUCAUGGCAAGAUAUGAACGAGGAAAUGAAGGAUCAGUGGCGUGGGUUUCGUAUUGUUACGCGUGUGCUCGCAGAGCAAGAGCAUAACAUCACAGAACUCAUCUGCAAUGUCAACCAGCUUCCCACUGGACUCAACUGUACGAUGUUUGAUUAUCCAUGCGAGGAAUACGAUAAAUUGGCAUCACUACUUAAACGCCCAGGUUUUUCUCAUCUUGAUCUUCCCAUGAUUGUUCGCGGAAAGGAGACUGUUCCUUGGCCGUUGCUCCGUAAUGGAUGCCUUCUUCGUCAGGCUUUGAGUGAGGUAAAAGACAUAGAAUAUCUCAGGUUGUGGACAUCAGCGGAACCCGAUGCAAUUGACUAUGCCAUUUUGAUGAAUGGCAUUGGGUCUCUCCACAGAUUUAUCCCGCUGCAGACUUUUCUUCCCGUGGGUAAAUGGUCGAAACUCCGCCACUUUGGACUAUCACGCUUCCCAGUCAUACAAUCCGACCUGGUUUCCGUUUUAACUGCACUACCAGAAACCACACGCACCAUCGAGCUAGGCUUUCUCUAUUUCAUCCAUUAUGGCGGCAGUUAUUAUGGCCUACUCACUGAGAUUCGCGACAAGUUCCGUUGGCACGAGCGAGAUGUGGCCGCGAGGCCCAAACUUAUUAUUGGUGUGCCGACAAAUACACCCCAUGUUGGUGUUGGCACCUGGAUUGAAAAUGAAGUGCACAACUUUCUCUACAAAUUCGGGCCAAAUCCAUUUUUCGAUCAUUGCUCGGAUUAUAUUGAGUGUGGGGUGGGGGUUGAACGAGAUUCAUUCGAACCCAAGCAUGAAAGGCCUAAUGCGGAAUACUCGACUUUGUCCAAAGCGCCCUUGGAUUGGCGACACGUAGUAGCAAGUCGCAAGGUUAAUGACUCGCGCCUGCAUUGA